AUGGCUUCAAAUCUUUUGGGAGGAAAUAUUCCAGAUUCAUUGGGUCAACUCAAAAAAUUAACAACUCUUGCAAUUGGUAGAAACAACCUAUCUGGUGUUGUCCCUCCUCCUAUAUACAAUCUCUCCUCCCUUGUUAAUUUUUCUUUGUCUGAGAAUCAACUUGAGGGAAGUCUUCCACCAUAUUUAGGCCUUACUCUUCCUCGUCUCCAAGUUUUUCAAACCUCAAAUAACUCAUUUGGUGGAUCUGUUCCAGUAUCUUUAUCUAAUGCUUCAAAACUCCAACAUAUUGAGAUGGAAGAUAAUGAAUUUUCAAGAAAACUUUCCGUUGAUUUUGGAGACAUGCAACACCUUCAAUGGCUAAGUUUGAACAAUAAUAAUUUAGGAAGUAGGGAAGGUGAUGAGAUGAGUUUUAUCGACUCUUUGGCCAACUGCAGCAAUUUGAGGACGUUCUCCAUAGCUGAAAACCAAUUCAGAGGACCCUUGCCCCAUUCAAUAGGUAACCUUUCUAGUACUAAACUGCAACGUUUAUUUGUUGGUGGGAAUAAAUUGUAUGGAACAAUCCCAUCAGGGAUAGGCGGCCUUCUUAACUUGACUUUGUUGUGCAUGCCUUUUAACAACUUUUCAGGCACAAUUCCCGAAGAGUUAGGUGAAAUUCCUAGUCAACUUAGUCUUUGUUCUAGUCUAGAAUAUCUUGUAAUGGAUGGCAAUGCUUUCCAAGGAUUUAUACCUGCAUCAUUGAGUUCUCUAAGAGGUAUUCGAAUCAUUGAUCUUUCUCUCAACAAUUUGUCUGGUCAAAUUCCAAAAUUCUUAGAGACUCUCCCUUUGGAGAAUCUAAACCUGUCCUUCAAUAAUUUUGAGGGUGAAGUGCCAUCGAAAGGUGUUUUUGCAAAUGCAAGUGCUAUAUCACUUGUCGGAAAUAGUGGUAGACUUUGUGGAGGAAUAGUUGAACUACAUUGGCUCAAAUGCACUAGCAAGAAUGCAAAGAAAGAGAGGAUCUCUCCGCGAACCAAAAUAUUGAUCUCAAUUGCAAGUGGCCUUUCAGGACUAACCGUGAUGUCAUUAUUCAUUUUUUGUUGGCUCAGAAAGAGAAGAGGAAAACAACCUUCUGAUUAUGGAUCUAGGUUGAUAAAACCACUUCUGAAUGUAUCAUAUGAUAGGCUACGCAAAGCGAGUGAUGGGUUUUGUUCAACAAACUUGAUUGGUGCGGGAAGUUUCGGCUCUGUGUUUAAGGGUAUCCUUGAUGAAGAUGGAACCAUUGCUGCAAUCAAAGUACUAAAUCUUCAACGUCCAGGAGCUUCCAAGAGUUUCAUGGCAGAGUGUAAAGCGUUGAGAAAUAUCCGUCACAGGAAUCUUGUAAAAGUCAUAACUUCUUGCUCAAGUAGUGAUUUUCAGGGCAAUGACUUUAAAGCUAUUGUUUACAAGUACAUGCCAAAUGGAAGUCUUGACAAGUGGUUUCACCCAGGUCCAAAAACCGAAGAAAAGCAACAUGAAAUUCAGAAUCUUACCCUUCUUCAGAGAAUAAACAUUGCAAUUGAUGUGGCAUCUGCAAUAGAUUAUCUCCAUUAUUGUUGCCAUGAACCAAUCCUCCAUUGCGAUUUGAAGCCUAGCAAUGUUCUUCUAGACGACGACAUGACAGCUCAUGUUGGAGAUUUUGGUCUAGCAAAGUUUCUCUCAGAAGUCUCAAAUCCAAAUCAAAGCAGCUCUAUUGGCGUAAGAGGAACAAUAGGCUAUGCAGCCCCGGAGUAUGGUCUUGGAAGUGGGGUGUCAACAAAUGGGGAUGUCUACAGUUAUGGGAUCUUGUUGUUAGAGAUGGUAGAAAAGGCCCACAGACCUUAUGUUUGA